AUGUCUUCGGCUGCAGGUUUAGUCUUCAGGCUCGCGCUGCCGCUCAGUUUGACUGCAGCCUGUGUGUUGCGGUAUAAUGGAUUCUCUCUGGUCUACGUCCUCCUGCUGCUGCUGCUACCACUGCUGCCAGAGCCCUCCACCUGCCCCCCCACAGGUAACACGGGUCGCUGUGUGACGGCGGUCUGUGUGUCCAGCUUCCUGUUCCUGUUACUGCAAUCCUUCUUCCAGCUGACCACCAUCACCCUGCAGCCAGAGUCCAACUGUACAUCAUGGCAGAAAGCUCUGGGUCAGCUCGGCCUGGUGAGUCUGACAGGAAGUGAUGCGGGCUCGGCAGUGAGACAGGUACUUCCUGAUGUUGGCGUGCUGCUCAUCGGCCUUCUGACCUGGAGGCUGAGCGUGAGGCUGAGCGCUGACACACACACACAGCCUCAGCAGGAGCAGCAGGAGGAGGCGAUGUUUGAGGAGGACUCUGUGCUCGGACAGGAGGAGGAGGAGGAAGAGGAGGAAGAGGAGGAGGAGGAAGAGCAGGAAGGCAGCAGAAACAAACUUCUGGUUGAACUGGAGUUACUGGUUUGUAAAAGCAGGAAGAUGAUGGGAGACAUGACGACAACUGGAGGGAAAGUUCUGCUGACGGUUCUGCUGGGACUCACAGGGAUCAUGUUCCCCUCCCUCUCCUCGCUGCCCUACCUGCUCUGCUUCCAGGUGUUGUGCACCUGGUGGGCGUGGUCAGGUCAGGUCCCGCCUCUUGUCUUCAGGUGUGUGUCUGUGAUGUCACUGAUCUACUCCUCCUCCCACUUCCUGCUCUUCUACUGCUACCAGCUGCCCUCCCUGCAGGAGGCGUGGCCUCCCACCCGCACUUCCGCCAGCGUGUUCGGUCUGGUGUCUCUGGCGGUCGGGGACUGUGCCGCCCCCUGGAGGCUGCAUGUGAACUCUGACCUCAGCUGGUUUCACUUCGGCAGCCCUCUGAUGCUGCUGCUGCUCUACCACAGCGUCGCCGGCCUGUGGAGGAACCAGCUGAUCGACGGCGAUGGAGGGCGGGUUGUAGAGAGGGCGGAGUCUGCGGUCAGCUUGAGCUGUGACAUCAUUACCACCACCAGCCACCUCAGUGAUGAUGUCAGCAGUGACAUCACAGCAGAGAGGCGGAGAGAGCUGUGGAGAAGAGCUCAUGAUCGGUUGGACUGCAGAGAUCUGCUGGUGUCUUCAACCAAUGACAGCCUGUCUGACUCUUUGGCCCCGCCCACGCAGAGUACAGCUCUGGGAUUGGAUGUUAACUCCGCCCCUCAUUACUCCCUCAGCCAGUCAGACACGCUGGAGACAUGCGUCUUCGAAGGAGACGGAGACGGAUGGGAGGAGGAGGUGGAGGAGCUGCAGGAGGAGGAGGAGGAGGAGGAGGAGGAGGAGAGGAAGGAGGACGCCGCCUCCAUGGCGUUCAGCUUCCUCCUCAAACAGAGUUACAUCUGCGCUCUGGUGUCCAUGAUGGCGUGGUCCAUCACAUACGUGUCCUGGCUGACAUGUGUGCUGCUGCUGUGGUCAUGUGUUCUCUGGAUGAUGCGUGAGCGGCGACGCUACACGCUGAUGUCAUCGCCGUGGCUGGUUGCCUAUGGCAACCUGCUGGUCAUCCUGCAGUACGUCUACAGUUUCCCCGCCGUCCAAGAAGUUCCUGGUCUGUUCCCUAAAAAAGACGAUCCAUGCAGUGAGCUGGCCUUCAAGCUGGUGUGUCUGUUGACGUUCUGGCUGCUGCUGCGUCAGACGCUGACUGAGAAGAGAGACAGACAGAAAGACAGACAGCUGUCCACCAUCACUGUCCUCGUUGAAGAGGAGCAGAGGGAGCAGCAGGAGCAGCAGAAGGAGAAGUUGGAGGGGGAGAUGUUGUAUGAGGAGGUGCUGCUCCUGGGAGGAGGAGUUCAGAUGGAGACGCUGGUUGCUGUGGUUACCAGGAUGUUUGUCAAAUACUGGAUCUACGUCUGUGGAACGAUGUUCUUCUUCGUCAGUUUUGAGGGAAAAAUUGUUCUCUACAAAGUUAUUUACAUGGUGAUGUUCCUCUGCUGCGUGGCUCUGUACCAGUUGAACUACCAGCGGUGGCGAGCGUUGCUGCGAGGUUUCUGGGUAGCUGUGGUGGUUUACUCCAUGCUGGUUCUCAUCCUGGUCUACACCUUCCAGUUCCCCUCAUCCCUGCACACCUGGAGUCACUACACUGGACUCAGCACACACAGGUUGGAGGAUCUCGGUUUGGAGAAGUUCUCAGUUCCUGUCCUCUUCACCAGAAUCUUCAUCCCUGCUGCAUUCCUAUUGGUUUGCAUCGUUCACCUUCAUUACUUCCACGAGCCGUUCCUCCAGCUGACUGACCUACAGACCGUGGUGGACACACACAACAGCACCAUCACCAGGUUGGUCCACUCUGACGGCAGCCUGGUUGACUUGUCGUUGGGUGGACCUCUGCAGCUCACCCAUGAGGAGGAGAAGAGGGAAGGAGAGAGGGGGACAGAGGAAGAGACCGAGGAGAAGUGGAGAAAGGAAGAAGAGGUGGAUGAGGAGGAGGAGUACCCCUGUAUGUUUGAUAAGGGAACCCUGUCUGACCCAAUAACAGUGCUGGGCUCCUGGAGGUUGGUGGUGGACCGUCUGUCUGUCCUGUUCUUGCGCUUCCUGCUCUCCCUGCAGCGCCUGCAGCGCCUCGUCUGGUGGCUGCUGGAACUACAUAUCGUCAAGAUCGUCUCCUCCUACAUCAUCUGGGUCUCUGUGAAGGAGGUGUGUGUGUUUAACCUGCUGUUCGUGGUGAGCGUGGCUGUGGCUCUGCCCUGCAGGACGUGGCGCCGCCUGCUGUCAGGAGUCUGCACUGUUUGGACCUGCGUGGUUACCGUCUGUAAGAUGCUGUACCAGCUGAACGUGGUCCAGCCGAGCAGAUACUCCGUCAACUGCACCAUGCCAGGUAACUCCAGCGCCGACCUGUCUGCAUCUGUUCUGUACUCUGGUCCAGUUGACCCUGCUCAGUGGGUCGGGCUUCGCAAGUCUGACGGAAAUUUGCUCGACUACUUGAGGUAUAACCUGAUGAUGUUAGCGCUGUUAGCCUUCGAGGUGACGGUCUACAGACACCAGGAGCUCUACCGACUCCGCCAUAACAAGGUCCCGCCCCCCACCCGAACCCUGUUUCAUGACAUCACCAGGCGUCACCUUGACGACAGCGUGCUCAGCUGCACGAAGUACUUCCUGAACUACUUCUUCUACAAAUUCGGACUGGAGACCUGCUUCCUGUUGGCGGUGAACGUGAUUGGUCAGCGGAUGGAUCUGUUCGCUGUAGGCCACGCCUUCGGCCUCAUCGUUGUCCUAUCACAGCGCAGCAGGAAGCGCAUCGCCUCAGCGUGGCCCAAAUAUUGUUACUUCCUGUCUGGGCUGCUCUGCUUCCAGUACUUGCUGUGCAUCGGACUUCCUGCUUCCACCUGUGCAGAUUAUCCGUGGAGACCUCCGUCCUCCAACAUGGACUCCAACGUGGUGAAAUGGCUCUUCCUCCCGGAUCACCUGACUCCCCCAAACCCGCUCUUCCUCCUGUACGACUUCCUGCUGCUGCUGGGUGCGUGUCUGCAGCUGCAGGUGUUUGAGGACGAGCAGCAUCCAGAUGUUCAGCAGCUGGCCGGAGACAACGCUGAGCUGCAGGAAGACGGACAGCUCUGUGAGCCAAUCACACGCCUCCGUCUCAACACCGUCCCUGACUUCCUGCUCAGCAGGUCUUAUCUGGACAUGAUGAAGGUGAUAAUCUUCAGCUACAUGUUCUGGUUCGUCCUCACCAUCAUCUUCAUCACCGGGACGACCAGGAUCAGUAUUUUCUGCAUGGGUUAUCUGGUGGCCUGUUUCUACUUCCUGUUGGUGGGAGGAGAACUGCUGCUGAAACCAGUGAAGUCCAUCCUGGUUUACUGGGACUGUCUGAUUGGCUACAACGUGUUCGUCAUCACCAUGAAGAACAUCCUGUCGAUCUUGGCCUGUGGGUUCAUUAAGUCGUUGGUGUUGAAUCACUGUUGGCUCAUCCAGCUGUUCAGUCUCGCCUGCACCAUCAAAGGAUACACCAAGCCUGAGCAGCAGAGCAGUAAACAAUGCGAGUUGCCUAGCGACGAGGCGGGAAUCAUCUGGGACGGAGUCUGUUUCUGCUUCCUGUUGCUGCAGCGGAGAGUCUUCAGAAGCCACUACUUCCUGUAUGUAGUGUUAGACCUGCAGAACACCCAGCUGCUGGCCUCCAGGGGGGCGGAGCUCUUCGAGGCCUCCACAGUGAAGGCGGUGCGCGCUCGGCUGCAGGUGGAGAAAACAUCGAUGGAUCUGCUGAAGAGACAGAUGGACAGGAUUAAAUCUCGGCAGCAGAAGUUCCGCAGAGGAAAAGAGAAGCUGCUGAGUUUGACCCAGGACAGCUUCCAUACUGACGGUCAGUGACUCACCUGUCUGAAGCAGGACAAGGAGUGGUGGAGACCCUGGGUGAACCACGCCUCCAUGGUGCGGAGCGGAGACUACUACCUGUUUGAGACUGACAGCGAGGAGGAGGAGGAGGAGGAGAGGAAGGAGGAAGAGGAGGAGCAGGAGGAACAGCUUCCUGACAAGUCUGCCUUCCAGUUCGUGUAUCACGCCUGGAUCACUGACUCCAGAACAGCGAUGAGAGCUCGAAGCAACCAGAAGAAACUGUGGAAGAAGAACUCCUCUGAACAAAGGAGCAGGAGAGAGGAGAAGAGAGCAGCUGCAGUGAUGGAGGCGACGGAGGAGUCAGAGGAGGAAGGAGAGGAGGAGGAAGGAGAGGAGGAGGGACCAGACACGGUGCUGCGUCGGUUCUCCAACACUCUGCGGUUCUGUUGGGUUCUGCUGUUGGCUCUGCUGGACUCUCUGACUGCCUGGCUCAGAGGUUUGUGUCAGGAACACAUCGACAUCUCAACCGUCCUCCGCAUCGAGCACUGCAUGCUGACCCAGCAGGCCAAGCAGGGUAAAGUCCCGACCAGAGAGGCGAUCCAUGUUUACUACCAGGAGCAGAUGCAGAGGACCUCCGGCCUGGACUACAGUUCCCAUGAUGCCGAGGGGCAGGACACAGCAGAGGAGCAGAUGCAGAGGACCUCCGGCCUGGACUACAGUUCCCAUGAUGCCGAGGGGCAGGACACAGACGAGGGAGGAGGGAUGGAUAAAGAAGAGGAGGAGGGAGGGAGUUCUGAAACACAUGAAGAAGAAGCUGGAGGACCAACAGCAAAGGAGGAACCAGGACCAGAACCAGAACCAGAACCAGAACCAGAACCAGAACCAGGACCAGAACCAGGAUAUGACCCGGGUCAAUCAGAACCAGGACCAGAACCAGGAUAUGACCCGCGUCAAACAGAACCAGGACCAGAACCAGGACCAGCAAGAUAUGACCCGGGUCAAACAGAACCAGGACCAGAACCAGGAUAUGACCAGCGUCAAACAGAACCAGGACCAGAACCAGGACCAGCAAGAUAUGACCCGGGUCAAACAGAACCAGGACCAGAACCAGGUACAGCGGGAUAUGACCUGGGUUUGACAGAACCAGGACCAGAACCAGGACCAGCAGGAUAUGACCUGGGUCAAACAGAACCAGGACCAGAACCAGGACCAGCAGGAUAUGACCUGGGUCAAACAGAACCAGGACCAGCAGGAUAUGACCCGGGUCAAACAGAACCAGGACCAGAACCAGGACUGACAAAAUGCCGGAGAUGGCGACCCAGACUGACGCGGAUGCAGCGGGUUGAGUCUUCGUCUUCGGAGGAUCUGAGCUUCAGUGGGACUCUGAGCGGCGCAUCCAUCCAACAACUUCCUGUCGACACCCAACCGACCAGAACCUUCACUGGCGCCUCCUCCCCGGCCUCCCCCUGCUCCCUGCUCCUUCCCCCCUCCUACAGCCUCGCUCUGGGUCUGGACCUCCAGGAGGAGGAGGCGGGGUUGGGAUUCAGGAGGCGUCUGCUGGCUCAGACGCAGGCAGAGAGGAACCACUUCCUGUCUGAGUCCACCUCCACUUCCUGUCCGCUGGCGUCUCGUACUCAGGAGCUGACGGCCAGCGAGCUGCUGAGGAACAGGACUUUCUACAACGAGGAGCUGGGGGCAUCAGACCGUUUCUAUGGAAACCAACCACAACUGCUCCAGCUGUGCUACGCCAUCUACAACAUCCUCGCAGCCAGGUCAGAGACGGUGUGCUACCUGGUCAUCGUGUUGAACCACAUGGUGUCUGCCAGCUGUCUGACGUUGGUGCUUCCUGUGCUGGUGUUCCUGUGGGCCACGCUGUCCGUCCCUCGGCCCAGUAAGACCUUCUGGAUGACGGCCAUCAUCUACACCGAGGUCACGAUCGUCAUCAAGUAUUUCUUCCAGUUCGGUUUCUUCCCGUUCAAUCAGAAGCUGGAGGUGGACCGGUCCAAACCGUUCCACCCGCCCAACAUUCUGGGAGUGGAGAAGAAGGAAGGCUACGUCCUGUAUGACCUGCUGCAGCUGCUCGCUCUAUUCUACCACAGAGCCAUACUCAAGUGCCAUGGACUUUGGGACCAAACUGUUUCAACAGAGGCUGACACUCCUGGUCACCAUGACAACCAGGCAGACUCCGCCCACGCUUCCACCUCCAUCAGCCCAGCUGAUCCCAGCAGCACACUGCGGCGGCGAGGCCGGAGACGAACGCGGUCCAGCUCCACCCAGCUGCGCUCUCCUGCUGGCAGCGUCAGCUCUUCAGCUCAGCAGCUCGGCAGGUUUGAUCUUCUGUUGCAGAAACUUCAACAACUUUCCAUCAGAGCCAAGAACUGCUCUGUUAGCAGGUGUAUGUCUCUGUACCGUCCCAUCUGUCAGUUCUUCAGAGCUCUCGUCCAACCAGAGUACAGCGCUGUCACAGACGUGUACGUCCUCAUGUUCCUCGCCGACACCGUCGACUUCAUCAUCAUCGUCUUCGGCUUCUGGGCCUUCGGGAAACACUCUGCAGCUGCUGACAUCACUUCCUCCCUGUCAGAGGACCAAGUUCCUGAAGCAUUCCUGGUCAUGGUUCUGAUCCAGUUUGGUACCAUGGUGAUAGACAGGGCUCUGUAUUUGAGGAAGACAGUUUUGGGGAAGUUGGUGUUUCAGGUGAUUUUAGUUUUGGGGAUUCACUUCUGGAUGUUCUUCAUCCUGCCGACCGUCACUGAGAGGCGCUUCAAUCAGAACCUUGUGGCUCAGCUCUGGUAUUUUGUGAAGUGCGUUUACUUCGGGCUGUCGGCCAAUCAGAUUCGAUCUGGUUACCCAACACGAGUUCUGGGAAACUUCCUGACGAAGAGUUACAACUACCUGAACCUGUUCCUGUUCCAGGGUUUCCGGCUGGUGCCCUUCCUGACGGAGCUCCGUGCGGUGAUGGACUGGGUCUGGACAGAUACGACGUUGUCUCUGUCCUCAUGGAUCUGUGUGGAGGACGUCUACGCACACAGCUUCGUCUUAAAGUGCUGGAGAGAGUCUGAGAAGAGGUACCCUCAGCCUCGUGGGCAGAAGAAGAAGCGUGUGGUGAAGUACGGGAUGGGCGGUCUGAUCGUGCUGCUGCUGAUCUGCAUCGUCUGGUUCCCGCUUCUCUUCAUGUCUCUCAUCAAGUCCGUCGCCGGCGUCGUCAACAGACCGCUGGACGUGUCUCUGACCAUCACACUGGGAGGCUUCCAGCCGAUCUUCACGAUGAGCGCGCAGCAGAAUCAGCUAAAAGAUCUGACUGAGGAAGACUUCAGCUCCUUCAUCAGCUCCUACAGUUACACACCUAGUGCUUUGCAGUUCCUGGAGGCGUACAGCAUGGAGGACGUGACUCUGGCGGAGCUGCAGGGCAGCAGCAACUCUCUGUGGACCAUCAGUCCUCCCAGCAGGACUUACCUGAGCCAGGUGCUCAACCUGGACCACUUCCCCCUCACGCUGUCCUGGACCAUCCAGAGGAACCUGAGUCUGGGGGCGAAGGCGGAGCUUGCCUCAGGUAAACAUGUGACCUACCUGGAUGAUCAGACCCGCCUGGACCUGAUCCAGCUGCUGAACGGGACCAGGUCACUUCCUGUGUUGAUACAGGAAGUGCUGCCAUGUUUCAUCCGAGCUCCGAGCGACUCCAACGCCAAACCCAUCGAGCAGCUUUACCCAGACGACCGCUUCAAAGACAUCCUGCUUGCCUUGGAGCGAUCGACCAAUCAGAGCGGAGAGAUCCAGGAGUGGUGGAUUGUCGACCAAUCGGCUGCCAGCAUGCUGCCUGUCGGGGGCGGGGCCUCGUCAGCUGACAGGAGGGAGGCGGGACUUCAGCUGCUCAUCUUCAGUGAUAAAGUUAGCCCGCCGAGUCUGGGCUUCCUGGCCGGAUACGGGAUCAUGGGCCUCUACGCCUCGGUGGUUCUGGUCAUCGGGAAGUUCGUGCGGGAGUUCUUUAGUGGGAUCAGUCACUCCAUCAUGUUCGAGGAGCUGCCGAGCGUCGACCGCAUCCUCAAACUCUGCACCGACAUCUUCCUGGUGAGAGAGACAGGUGAGCUGGAGCUGGAGGAGGAACUGUACGCCAAACUGAUCUUCCUCUAUCGAUCCCCAGAGACCCUGAUCAAAUGGACCCGCCGCUGACCUCAUCAAUAAUCACCUGUAGUGAUGUCACAGCCCUGUAGUGAUGUCACAGCCCUGUAGUGAUGUCACACUGACCUGUAGUGAUGUCACAGCCCUGUAGUGAUGUCACACUGACCUGUAGUGAUGUCACAGCCUUGUAGUGAUGUCACAUUGACCUGUAGUGAUGUCACAGCCCUGUAGUGAUGUCACAGCCGUGUAGUGAUGUCACAGCUGUGUAGUGAUGUCACAUUGACCUGUAGUGAUGUCACAGCCGUGUAGUGAUGUCACACUGACCUGUAGUGAUGUCACAGAUGUUGCUUUAAAGAACAGGACAUUUCCUGUUUGCUGGUUGACCAAUAGGAGCAUCUGGAAGGCGGGGCUAAGUCUUCAGACAGUGAUGACUGAUUAUUGAUUACUGUUUACUGAUUAUUGAUGACUGAUAACUGGAAUUGUUUAAUGCAGCUUCGUUUUAACUGUGAAGAACUAACUGGAAACAGGAAGUGAUGUCAUCAGCAAUAAGCAUCACUUCACAUUUAUUUAUUUGAUCGGAACAAACCUCAGUAUUAUGUUAGCUUCAUGUUAGCUCUGUGUUAGCCCUACAUUAGCUUCAUGUUAGCUCUGUGUUAGCCCUACAUUAGCUUCAUGUUAGCUCUGUGUUAUCCCUACAUUAGCUUCAUGUUAGCUCUGUGUUAGCCCUACAUUAGCUUCAUGUUAGCUCUGUGUUAACCCUACAUUAGCUUCAUGUUAGCUCUGUGUUAACCCUACAUUAGCUUCAUGUUAGCUCUGUGUUAGCCCUACAUUAGCUUCAUGUUAGCUCUGUGUUAUCCCUACAUUAGCUUCAUGUUAGCUCUGUGUUAGCCCUACAUUAGCUUCAUGUUAGCUCUGUGUUAGCCCUACAUUAGCUUCAUGUUAGCUCUGUGUUAGCCCUACAUUAGCUUCAUGUUAGCUCUGUGUUAGCCCUACAUUAGCUUCAUGUUAGCUCUGUGUUAGCCCUACAUUAGCUUCAUGUUAGCUCUGUGUUAUCCCUACAUUAGCUUCAUGUUAGCUCUGUGUUAGCCCUACAUUAGCUUCAUGUUAGCUCUGUGUUAUCCCUACAUUAGCUUCAUGUUAGCUCUGUGUUAGCCCUACAUUAGCUUCAUGUUAGCUCUGUGUUAGCCCUACAUUAGUUUCAUGUUAGCUGUAGAUAGCUCUGUGUUAGCCUUACAUUAGUUUCAUGUUAGCUGUAGUUAGCUCUGUGUUAGCCCUACAUUAGCUUCAUGUUAGCUGUAGUUAGCUCUGUGUUAGCCCUACAUUAGCUUCAUGUUAGCUGUAGUUAGCUCUGUGUUAGCCUUAAAUUAGCUUCAUGUUAGCUGUAGUUAGCUCUGUGUUAGCCUUACAUUAGCUUCAUGUUAGCUGUAGUUAGCUCUGUGUUAGCCCUACAUUAGCUUCAUGUUAGCUGUAGUUAAAUGUGUAUUGUUUGUUUUUACAGUGAAUCUAAAACCUGUAAACUGUGUUUCUGAAUAUGUGAAAAGUGAAAAAUGAAUAAAUGAAAGACU